CCUUAAUGUCAGUGUAUAGUAAUUCUUUCUCGUAGUUUACUCCUGAAGUUGAUGACAUUUCGUAAAGAAAUUGUAGCGUAAGAGGCUAAUUUAAAAGAGCAAGUACAAGUGUAAAGAUGCCAGAGACGAGCAGUCAAAAUGUUUCGAUGAUCACGUGCACGGCGCCAGUAAACAUCGCUGUGAUUAAGUACUGGGGUAAACGUGAUGAAGAGCUGAUUCUGCCCAUUAACUCCUCUCUCAGUGUCACUUUACAUCAGGACCAGCUUAAAACCACCACUACAGUGGCAUGCAGCAGGACUUUCCAGGAAGACCGCAUCUGGUUGAAUGACAAAGAAGAAGACAUCAAUCAGCCGAGACUGCAGUCAUGUCUUCAAGAGAUCCGAAGGUUAGCGCGGAAAAGACGGAAUGACGAAGACCCAAACGCAGAGAUCACGCUUUCUCAUCGGGUGCAUAUCUGCUCCGUGAAUAACUUCCCAACAGCAGCUGGUCUGGCGUCCUCUGCAGCCGGGUAUGCCUGCCUGGUUUACUCGCUGUCCCGUUUAUUCGGUGUGGACACAGAGCUGUCUGUGGUGGCACGCCAGGGUUCUGGCAGUGCCUGCAGGAGCAUGUAUGGAGGCUUUGUGCAGUGGAAGAUGGGUGAAAGACAGGAUGGAAAGGACAGCGUAGCAGAGCAGGUGGCGCCCGAGACACACUGGCCGGAGCUCCGGGUUCUCGUCUUGGUGGUCAGUGCAGAGCGGAAGCUCGUGGGAAGCACCUCAGGCAUGCAGACGAGCGUCCAGACGAGCAAACUGCUAAAGCACCGCGCAGACAGCGUGGUCCCCGCUAGGAUGGACGAGAUGAUCCGGGCUAUUCAUGAACGAGACUUCGAGACGUUUGCUGAACUCACCAUGAAAGACAGCAACCAGUUUCAUGCCACGUGCCUGGACACUUUCCCGCCUAUCUUCUACCUAAACGACAUUUCCAGGAAGGUCAUCAACCUGGUGCAUCGCUACAAUCAGCAUUACCGCGAGACCCGAGUGGCGUAUACUUUCGAUGCGGGCCCUAAUGCGGUGAUCUACCUCCUGCGAGACCACGUGCCUGAAUUUGUCCAGGCUGUACGCCAUUUCUUUCCUCCGGAAUCCAACGGUGGAGAGUUUGUAAAAGGACAGCCUGUCCCCUCUGCCUCGCUGCCUGAUGAGCUGAUAAGAGACAUUGGAAUGGAGCCCACACCAAGAGGCAUCAGUUACAUGAUCAGCACAAAGGUUGGCCCUGGUCCUUGCACGGUAGACGAUCCAACACUUCACCUGUUAAGUGCAGAUGGACUUCCCAAGAAAUCUACCUGAGUGUUAAUGGAUCCAAUGCACACUAUUAAAUUUCUCUUGAUUAAAAAUAGCAAUAAAUAUAUAUCAAAUUUAGACUGAGAACUAUUAUUAUUAUUAUUAUUAUUAUAUUAUUUC